UAAAUAAGUCCGAGAGACACACGCAAAAUAGGCGCUUUGUCGUCGAGUUGCGGAUACCAGCCCGUUGCACCAAGUACCAAGUAAGUCCGAGAGACACCAUGGGAGACCACAGAGUGCGCGAUUUGCUUCGGCAAUUUCCGAAAGGCCUGCACAUCAAUCAAGUAUUUCAACCACCUUAAAAUGUAUCAAUUACCUGCGAUCAAUGCGAUAUGUUAGCACUUCCAACACAUCUGACAGGUUUUAUAUAAAUUACCUGAAGUGGCCUGAAAUUCUAAAGUUCCACGGGCCUACAGGAGAAGAGGUAUUGGCAGACGUCGAUUUGACUGGAAAAACAUGUUUGAUAACGGGAGGAACUAGUGGCAUAGGGCAAGAAAUUUCAAAAUGUCUCAUGUCUAAAAACUGUAACAUGUUGAUGGCAGUUCGUAAUCCUUAUGCUAUUAACAACGCUUUAAACAAUUUAAAUAAAAUCAAUGACAGCGGAACUCUGAAAGCAUAUGAAGUGAACCUAGCGUCUUUGUCAUCAGUGAAGCAAUGCGUGAAUCAAUUAUUGAAGGAACAGAAGAACAUUGAUAUUGUUAUUCUAAAUGCGGCUGUGUUUGGGAUCCCUUGGAGUCUGACGGAAGAUAAAUUAGAAACAGUUUUCCAAGUAAAUUUCUUGAGUCAAUAUUAUUUGCUCACGAGUAUUGUACAAAUACUUGCGAAAAAUGGGCGAGUUGUUAUUAUGUCAUCAGACUCUCAUAGAAAUAUAAAAUGGUCGCUACAAAAUACUCUGCUACCAACCGAGGAUAUACUGUCUCUUCCUGAAGAUGAUUACACUUCAAUCAAAGCGUACAACGUUUCAAAGCUCUGUGGCAUUCUUGCUAUGCACUACUUGGCUUAUCGUUGGAUGAACACAGGAAAAACCAUAAUGUGCGCUCACCCUGGUUCUUUCAUCAAGACAAAGCUUUGUUCUAACUGGUGGCCUUAUGAAGUACUCUAUAAUGUAAUGACACCGUUCAGUAAAUCCAUCGCUCAAGCCGCAAGCACGCCCCUUUAUUGCGCAACUGCACCUGAACUCCAGAGCUGUUCUGGAUUCUACUUUAAGAACAUGAAACAAGCUGAUGAAAGCGAUCUAGCCAAGGAUAGUCAUCUUUCUUUUAAGAUUAUAGAAUUAUCACAAAACAUGCUUAAUGAACGUGUAGGUGAAAUCGAAGAAAUGGUGGUAGAAACAAAACGUGUUGAAGACGUGAAGACUAGAAAACCAGAUUUGGAACCUAAAAGUACUAUAGCGGAGGCAUUGUUUUCUGGCUAACAUUUUUUUGGAUUAUUUUUCAUCCUAUUAACUUCGGCAUGGUCUUACUUAUCAUGGUCUUAUCAUUUGGCUUGUUAGAAAACUUGAGAAUAAAUUAGUAUGUUGCUUUUUGUAUAAUCUGUUAUUUUCGUUUUUUAGAGAGUCAAAUAACCCUACCAGUUUUUUCCAAUUGGAUAGUUUGGUGCUCCGGAGAUUGGGUGCAACGAAGCGUAUUAUUAUGAGAAACAACACGUCGAAUCGAAUAGCAAACUUAAAAGCGGUAAAAUACGUUCUGACACGGUAACGUGAAUAGGAGGAAUAUUAGUUUGCUCUUGUAAACAAAUUAAUUGCUUCCAUGGCCAAACGAUUACCAUGUUGGUCUGCCACGCAGAAUU